GCAAAUUUCAAUUGGUCACAUUGAUUAAAAAAGUCGUCGCCAUUGUCUCGUUAUUGUGAAUGUUAUAGUGAAAAAUAAUCAAAAUAAUAAUUAAAUUGAAAAAUUUGAAAUGAACGUGGAUCCUCGCAGGCCGGAGAAAAUACAAAAGUACGUCCCCAAGUCCGGCAACGGCGCUGGCAAUGAAGAUCUAACCCCCGAUUACAUGAAUAUCUUGGGUCAGCAGCAGACCGCUGGAAAUAUGACCGAAGCGACGGAAAAGCACGGCGAGUCGACUGCGAUGCUCGAACCGAACCUUCAAGUGCAGCCGAUCCUUGAAGACGUUCAGCAAUUGGGCGGCGACGCCCCAUCGGCCCCGAACGCCACCAACGUGAUACCCACCAGCGCUCAGUACGGCGUCGCCAUUAUAUCGACGAACGAACUGGCAUCGGACACGGUCACGCCGCCGACGGGCACGGUGACGGACACGACGGCCAAGCCGGCCGACGACAAGGAGUUCCAUUCGACGCCGAGCCGCAACGACAGGUUCAAAGUGGUGAAAAUCGCCAGCUUGGAGCCGUUCAAACGGGGCCGGUGGAAAUGCAUGGAUUACGUCGACGAGGCGCCGCCCGUCGGCGCGGCCCGCGUGCCCCAAUCGUCGGGCAGCAUACAAAUAUCGGCGGGGGCGUACAUGCAAACGCAGAGCCUGCCGCAACAGCAGAUCCAGCAGAUGUUGUUGCAGAGCGGCUUCGCCAACGGCGCGCAAUUCGUGCCGCAAUUGGUGCCGCAAAACCAGUAUUUCUAUCCGCCGAAUCAGCCCGUUCAAGCGCAAUUCAUCGGCAAUCAAACGUACUUUCCGGCCGGCGUCGUGCAAAACAUGCCGAACUUUUCGAUGCCCCAGGGCUACCAGAACAUCCAAUACGUGCCGGCCAAUUUGAAUUUGAUCCAAAACCACCAAAGCGGCGCGUUCGUAUCGGCCGCGCAGCCGUUGCCGAACAACUUCCAGCAGAGCCAAUCGUACGCGGGCCAGCCGAACGUGUCCCAAACGAACGUGCAACCGACGAUGAACGGCCACAAUUUCACGGUGAACGAGCCGGUGGCCGGCGAGACGGGUAAAAGUGUCACGUUGAAUUCGAACAAUACGGUUCAAGUGCAACAGAACGUGCCGAUGCAGCAGAACAAUCCGAACGUGCCGCAGCAACAGUACCAACAACAACAACCGGCCCUCGUCCAGCCGGUGGUGUCCUCGCAAAUCGCUCCCGCGCAAUCUCAAACGUUCGACCAGAACCUGGCGAACAACGUCUACACGAAUCCCCAAUUCGCCAUGAGCGUCAACAGCCUGACGGUGUUGGACAACAGCGAGAACGCGACGGAUUUGGGCGAGACGAACAGCGGCAAUCCCAGCGAGAACAUCGACGAUCUGUCGAAGACCAAUCCCGUGGUGAACGCGAUCGAUAACAAAAUCGAACAGGCCAUGGACCUGGUGAAGAGCCAUCUGAUGUAUACGGUGCGCGAAGAGGUGGAGGUGCUGAAGGAGAAGAUCGCCGAGCUGAUGGAGAAGAUCCAGCAAUUGGAGACGGAGAACAAUUUCCUCAGGUCGCAGAUACCGAAGGGGCAGAGUUUGCCGGCCCCGGCCGGCCAGCAGACGGCCAACUUUUCGAACGCGUUGCCCAAUACGGGCUCGAACGCGUCCACGGCGAACAAUCAGUUGGCGAACGCGCCGGCGAGUACGGUGGAAACCGUCAAUUCGAAAUAGACAAAUCUCGGUUUUCUUUGUACUUUCCGUAAUGACAGUUUUUUUUUUUGUAUUUUGUUCUUCUCUUUGAUUAGUUGUUUAAGUAAUCGGACAAUGAUCGAUCGACGAGAGGCCGUGAGGUAAGUUUAACGCUAAACGUGAGGGUCGUUAAUCGUAUGAAAAACUUUACUCGAUUUCUACAAGACAUAUCACUUUGUUUUUUUUUACUUUACCCAGUAGGUUAUUUAUAUUUUUUUAAUUGCAAAUUUGUAAUAUCGAAAGAAUGAAAAUUGUUGUUUGCGAUGUACUUUUUGGUGCACUCGAUACCAAUGAGAAUAUUUUUAUAACGCGAACAAAAUCUACUUGUGAAAGUUUAUCGAUUUCCGAACAAAAAUUUAAAGUUGAAUUUCCCGUUAACGACCUUUGCACAAAUAGCCGUUAGGAAAAGCGUUAUGAUUGCGCGGACAUACUGAAAAUUUAAUGCUGUUAUCGAUUAGGACUCUAUGUACAUUUUUUUAUUUAAAUUACUAGAUGUUUUGUGUACGUGCGAUUUUCGAUGUGAAAAUUUCGGUUAAUUUUUUUUUAGACUUGAUCUGUAGCAGAAUGAUUUAUUCAAUAUGUCUAAACCCUGAAAAGUGAUAUAAUAUAUAAAAUAAAAAUAUUUAAAUGAACGUUCUCAACGUUUUUAUUAGAUGUUAAAAAGAAGAAGGAAAAAAUGUAUGACUUCCUUUUUGAUGGUAUCCUUUCGAUGGAUUAAUUAGUACCUGUGCAAAUGUAAACAGGUGCUCGUUUUGUUGAUUUUUGCUACGGUAUACAGGGUGGUACGUUUUUGCUACAAGACCACCCUGUAUUUUUCUAUUUAUUCUCCUAAUUUAAUGACACCUUUACUGCCAUUUUACACGCGAAUCGGUUAUUUUGAUUUCCACAAGACUGCUCAUUUCAUUGAAUUGUUUAUCUUUGUACGAUUUUAUUUACACAGUAUUUUAGUAUGUAUUUUACGCGAUUUUCUGCACAAUUCUGAACUAUGCUCGGUAUAUUUGCGGCAGUGGACGUGUUGAAAUAACUUCCCAUCACCACAGAAGCUAAAGUUUUAUUGCUAUUAUAGCGUCUUCUAAUAUUCGAUUAUAUUAUAUAGCAUGUUUUAUUACGAUUGAUUAUUAUCAUUGGCAAAUUGCGCAGGUGUGUAAUUAAUUCGGAGAAUGAGGCGAAGUUUUUUUUUUAAUUUGGUGCUAUCAAAAUCUGUGAUUAUAGUUUCUCCUUUGAGCUGUCUUUCUGUUAGAAUAAUCGAUAUUUUUGUAAUGAAAUAAAUAUAAAUUCGACUAUUUCUUAUAGGAAUAAAACUAUCUAAUUGUAUCGAAUGUACACGAUAUGAAGGAAUAUGAACGCGACGAAAGCAGUUUUUGAUGAUUCCUUCUGUACAUAAUCGUAUACGGG